CCGAUCUCCUGCUCGCAAUGCUGGGCAACUCGCCUCCGCAAGCUCCUACUACAACAGUGACAACAGUAUCCGCCGUGUCCCUGUCUCCAAUGGAACUUCGGAAGGAUGCAGUUCUGACUCUCCGUGGGGAUUCUGCUUCCUCUUACAGCAACUCGCACACCAGAACUGCAACUCCCAGCAACAACAGUCCUAGGCCAACUGCCGUUCAAAGCUCAACUUCAGAAAUGAACCAAGCCCAGAACGCAUCAAGCAGUCCGCCCCUGGCACCGCUGUCCAAUCUCACGUUGCAGGUCGUGGAUGAGGGACCCGACACGCCCAGCUCCACCGUGGUCGAGUUUGGCGAUCUGGUUCGGACCACUGUUCCCUCAGCAGCAGAGCUAGUGGAGAGCAUCCACCGUUCCCUCACUCAUUCUCACCAUCUCCGCUCCAACUCUCAAUCGAGGAUCAAGCCAGGCGGUACCCAUGAUGGACGCGAGACGAACGAUCGAAGCAGAAGCCAGCCCGCUGGCAGCCAACGAGAGAGGUCGCAGUCUACAGCCCGCAAAGCAAUCAACAUCGAGGGUGCUGAAAGGGGACUUGCGGAUGAUCGGAUCAACAGGUUUCUUUACUCGAUGACUCAACACACAACCCUGCGUACUGAGCGUGAGCUGCUGGCCCAGAAUCAGGAUCUCAUUCGCAAGUUUGCUGCUCUGAAAAGUCAUCACGACCGUCGGGCGCGUCAAUGGAGCGAGGGACUUCGUCGGAAAGAAGCCGAGUAUGAGGCCCGAAUUCAAGAGAUGGGAGAGCACCUGUUGGACCUGGCGAGUGCUCACCCGCUGAAAAUCCCGAGCAUGCUGUCCAACGAAGAGAUCUCGGCUUGGUUCGAGGAUCAGGAUGCUGGGUGGAACACAUGGGCGCGGACCUUUGGGCACCAGGACUCUGACCGACUUGCAAGCGGACUACAUCCACUCCAGCUCCAGGAGCUUUGCGGCGAGGUCAAGGCAUUUGUCCGGAUGACGGGUCCAACAGUGUUGCCACCAGAACUUGUUACCGGCGGUCAGGAGGGGGUGCAUACGCUCCUUAAUGGCAUGUUAGCCAACUUUAUCUGCUCCGAGAUCCUUGCCUCACCGUUCUGGAUAUUCGUCGCAACAUCCCUGGGCCCUCUCGAGAGCCCGGGCAUUGUUCCAACCAAGUCAAUACCGGCGGUUGGUUUACGCAUGGACAUGAGCAACUUUAGCUCCGUGGCACCCGCUCGCCCCGGUCCAACUCCAACGCCGCGAAGUCCGCAGUUUCCGCCACCUCUGAUUACGUCCUUGAUGCCGUCAUCUAGUGCCGGCUUAUCCAUGCUCGGGCUACCGUUGAAGCCUGACAUGGAGCGUCUUGUCCACAUGCUCACCGAUGCUCAGGAAGAAAGCUCGCGAAUAGCAGCCCACCACUGGCGGUCUCAGAUGAUGAGGCUGUUUGCCCACGGCGGUUUUAGUUUGAAGGACGUCGCAGCUGCAGGCCGAAACGAGUCGCGCAGGACGUUUGUCGAGUCACGGCUGAACUAUGCGAGAAAGCUUAAGGAGCGCUUCCUUGGUGGGGCUGCACGGUUCUUACUACACGACCAGGACUCAACCGGCAUCGAAAAGCUCGAACGAAUGUUGACCGACAUGAUCGACGAUGCCCUGAGGUUUUCAUGCAAGCUUUGGUCCCGUGUAACACCCCUUCGCCUGCUAAGCUACAAAGAGCUCGAGAGAAGGGAGUUCAGAUCAUCGAGUCAACUCAUGACACUGUGUCGCGCACAAACCCCGGAUGCUUCGUCUCCCCAGCCUAAGGAAGAGCCAUCAGAAUCACCAAGGAGACAGCGCGAGCGUUCAGUGGUUAUGGUUGUGCAGCCGGCAAUAGUGACUGCAAAUAUCAAUGGUCAGGGGGAUAGACUGGAUAGUAUCGAUGACCUAGUUGGAGAUGGCGUUUCGUUAGUCUGGUUGAGAGCUCGGGUGAUGGUGGCGCGCCCCCUGAUACGAGGAUCUCCGAAUCAUUCUGGACUCUCGAAUCUCCAUAGAACCGGACCGGAAUCAACGCCGUCAUCGGAUGGCUUCUCUGGUCAGAAAACCCCGGACUCUUCGACAAGCUCACCGGGGACAACUCCGUGCGCCAAUACCGAGAGGAUGAUUAACAUUCUUCCUGCUUCCUCGUACAAGGCGCCGGCGGCCGACAAGGAGUAGGGGCGUCGCGAACGACGGAUCAUACUCCCACCAACAACCUUAUUGAGGUCUCAAAGACACUAGGGAACACAAUAGCGUCGCAUUGAGACCCUGAGAGCCUAGUUCCUUCCCUUUCCCCCGGAGGUGGUGUUUAGCAGCAGGGGCAAUGGAUAGCUCUCUGCAAGUGUCUGGUCUUUUUCAAGUUAUGCAUGAGCGUCCCCAGAUGGGAUUAAGAUUUCUUUUGUUGCCUACCGGCGUGUACUAUACCUAGGUAGCUUCAAUUCUUCAUAGCGAUGGACUUUCAGAUUGGUUAAGAAUAUCUGGCUGGCUGCCCCUGAUGAGAGAAUUUGGUAAACCUACUUGUACCUCACUGUUAUGACCAUACAUGUAUCCGUAC